AAUAAUUGGAUAUUUUUAUGUAAGUAUUAAAUAAUAAUGAUGCCAUUGCUUGCAUUUGAUCAAACAACAUUGAAUGAAGUUCUUGAAGUAAGAGCUGAACCAUUAUUUGAAUCUGAACUUUGGAGUUUAUUGUUGCAAGCAAGUCUAGCUUUACAAAGUAUUAUGGAUAAAGUUGCGAAAGAAAAAUUAUUAGAUCUUACUUCAACUCUAUGCCCUGAUACCAUUAUAUUAUGUUUAAAUGGUAGAAUAAAAUUUGGUGUUUGUGAACAAGAAAGAACAGAAAAGCAUUUUCGUCCCCCAGAGUAUUCUAUAAAAAAGAAGAAAAUUACUGAUAAUGAAAUCGAAAAGAUGUUAGUUUAUUCACUAGGAAUGUGUGUUCUGACUUCUGCAGAAAAUGAAGCCUUUACUAUUGAAUUUACAUUGAGCUUUGAGAUUGAAUCACUAAUGUGUCAAAUGACUGAAGAUAAUUAUAAAUGUCGUGUGUCCCUUGAAAAAAUUAUACAGAUUUGUAACAAACAUGUUGAUGUGAAUGUAUCACAAAAAUGUAUACAAAGUCUGGCAGAAGAAAUAGUAGGACCAUAUGGACUAGAGCAACUUCCAGAAGAGAUACCAUUAGUUUUACCUAAAUAUAGUUUUAUGCAAAAAGAAUACGGUGAGCAUCCCUUUGACCCUGGGCCUCUAAAAAUAAAAAGCAAAUGUUUUGAAGAUUCAGUUUCUGAAAAAAUUGAUAUAGUAAAAAGAUGUCAUUUAAAAAGUUUGGAAUCACAGAAUUUGUUUCAAAAUCAUUCUAGUGAUAGAAGAAUAAACCAAGAUGCAUCAAACACAUCCUUUAAAACAGCAUGGUCACCAAGUUUUUCUGCACCAGAUUUUAAAACCUUGCUCGACCUGAAUGAAAUGUCAUAUUUAACAUCUAGUAACAAAUCUAUUGAGAAACUAAAAUCAUUUUCAAGCAUGCCUACUUUACAUGGACUAAGUGAAGAACUUGAGCAAGAUUUGUCUCUUAAGGAAAAUGUAUUUAGUUUUCAAAAAAGUGAAGGAAACAUUGGCAACAAAUGUUAUUCAUCACAAGGUUCGUUAACACAAGGUACCUACACAUUGGAUAGCGAUAAAAUGAAUAGAUGUAGCAGUUUUGCUUCAAUAUCACAAAGCUUUAAAAGUGCUCCUCACUAUUUAUAUCAAACAACUGACUUACAAAGUUUGCAGAAUAUAUGUCGGUCAAACUUGGGCCCUGAAUUUAUUCAAGUUACUGAAAAUCCUGACUUGGCUGUUAUUGAUAUAUCUCCUCCUCGUCUUGGUCCGUUAUUGAAAGGAACACGUUACAUAAUUGUUAUACUGCCUAAUUCUCAGAAAGUUCAAACUACUAUUCAGGUGGCAUCUAAAGGAAAAGAAUUGUUUGAUCAGAUAGCAUGUUACCUUCAAAUUAAAGAAACACUCUAUUUUGGAUUAACACAAUUACAAGGAGAAGAUCAUGUUUUCCUUGAUCUUGAUUCGAAGUUAUUAAAGUAUGCUCCCACAGGUUGGAAAGAUGAGAAGUUAACAAAGAAGAAAUUAGAGUUUAUAUUGUAUUUUAAAGUGAAGUUUUUUGUAAACGAACCUUGUGUUUUAAAGCAAAGUAUCACUCGGCAUAGUUACUAUUUACAAAUUCGACAAGACAUUUUAAGUGGGUAUAUGCAUUGCUCAGAUGAAGCUCUCUUUGUUUUAACUGGUCAUGCCUUACAAGCUGAAUUUGGAAACUAUGAGUCAAGCUCUUCACAGUACUUUCAAAUUGAACAUUAUUUGCCUAGAAGGGUAUUAUCUCGCAUAAAUAAGGAUGCCUGUUACCAACAUCUUUCAUCAAUACACAAAUCCAAUUAUGGUAAUUGUAAAGAAGUUGCAGAGCUUGAAUUUUUAAAAAAAGCAAAAGAUUUGCAAGAAUAUGGAGUUCUUUUUUACAAAGUUUCUCGGUCCAAGAAAGUAAAAAAUGAUUAUGUGUGGUUUGGAAUAUGCAUUAAAGGUCUCAUAAUUCUGGAGCCAAAAGGAAAUUUACGAGCUACUGUUCACAAGCAAUCUUGGAAUUUUAUAAAAGAGUUCAAUUUUGAAAAUAAAAAAUUUGUAGUUAAACCGAAAGACCAAGAUGCAAAUCCUAAAAUGGUUUUUUACUGUAAUAAUUAUAGAAGGGCAAAGUAUCUUUUUCGAAUAUGUCAAUCAUUUCAUCGGUUUCAUGCGUUUAAUCAAAGAACUGGUCUAGAUAUACAAACUUCUUGCAGUAUUCUAUCCAAUGAUAAUUCUAUUAAAGAUGUUUGUAAAAAUUCUAAAGACUUGCCUGGUUUUGUUGAUUCACAAAGAAAGGAAGUUUGUUCUAAACAAAUUAAAGUUGACAGCGUGUACUGUAGAAGUUUCGAUGAAGAUAUGUUAUUAUCAAACUGUAAAAUAUCCCUUCUUGAAAGAGAAAAUGAAUCUAAGUGGAUCUCAACAAGUGAAAAGUUUGAUUCCAUGAAGCUCAAGUAUGCUGGAAUAGGUUUUAUUGAUGAAGACUUAAAAAGUGUAUACAGUGAACGUUCCAUAGAUGUGCAUAGUCCUAAAGUAAAAGGACAACUUCCAGUUCCAGUACCCAUUUCAACUCAAUCAACAUAUCAUUCCUCUGAAAAAAUGCUUCAAAAAAAUCACAAUGAUGGUUAUGUUUCAUCAAUGGAGGGUAUAUUUUCUGAAUCGACAUGUGUUUCAGAAAGUUGCGAAAACUUUGAAAGAAUUUCUGUUGGUGGCUUGAAAAGAACAUCUGGUUUUAAUGAUUUAAACAAAAUUGAUAUAUCUGAUAAAAAUGACAAUGAAAAUGUUAAAAGCCAACUUGUAUCAGAAAAUCUACAUAAAAAAGAGUCUAAUAUUCACCAUGAAGGUUUAACAAAAGAUACCAUAGAAGAAAUUGAGGUUGAAAUAGAGAAAGUUAAAAAACAAUCGUUUGGUAUUAGUAUUGUAGGAGGCAUUGAUUCCACUCUACCAUUGGGUGGAAUAUUUGUUAAAUCUUUAUUAUUUGGCAGCCCAGCUCAAUUAACUGGAAAGAUCAGAGAAGGAGAUCGCAUUCUUAGUGUCAAUGGUACUUCACUGGAAAAUAUGACUCAUCUUGAGGCAGUCGAAAUAUUGAAACAUGCACCUGAACGAACUACUAUAGUGAUUGAUCGUGGUAUUGCCCUAUCUCUAGAUCAUAUAUCUGAGUCAGUAAAUUCAGUAAAAUCUGUUUUAAAAAAAGAUUAUGUUUUCAAAGUGGAUGUUGAAAAAGGUGACAAUGGUUUAGGGCUUAGCUUGGUUGGCGGAAGAAACAGUGAACCUGUUUUUAAUGGAAUGUUAAUGAUUAAAAAAAUGUAUCCUCAACAGCCUAUUGAAAUGAGCAGGAUGUUUCAAAUUGGAGAUGUUAUACUCGCUGUUAAUAAUGAAGUUGUAGAUGGUAUGACUCUUCAAGAAGCAUUAUCUGUCAUUAGAAAUGCUCCAAAAAAGGUUCAAAUUGUUGCCAAGAGACUUCCUGAAAAUGAAAUCCCCAAUGUUCUUCUUGAUCAUAAUAAACUUAUUUCUUCAGAAACAGAAAAUAUGAAAGAAAAUGAGAUUUUUCUUGGAAGAAAAUGCUCUCUAAAAGUAAAAAAUAUUGCUAAGAAGCUUCUUCAAAACAUUGAAUGCAGUGUUACUGAAUCAUUUGAUGGUUGUAGUAACUCUUCUGAUAUAGGGAGUGAUACAGAUGAACCCUUGGAAAGCUUAACUUAUUCUAAAGAAAGCACAAGUCCAUUUUUAUCUAAAGAUCCUCACAACGCCUUGUUCAAACAAAAUAAUGCAUUGGUGUUUGAUAUGGAACAACAAGUUGAAUGUGAAAGUUUCUCAAACUAUUCCAAAUCUCCUUUGUUAACGAGUAGCCCUUCUAUUUUAGAAAAAUCUGUAAAAUCAAAGAAAUCAAAAAAAAGUUGUGAAAAAGUUUUUCGUAAUAUUUUUGUUUCUAAUGAUGAAAUGAUUGAUGAAGCUAAUGUAAACUAUUUUAAAUCACAAAGCCAAAAUGAUAAUAUUGGUACAUUGCAUUUAGAAAAUGAAAAUGUUGGUAUAUUACUUUCAGACAUCAAUAAAAUAUCUGAAAAAUCAAUUAGAAAUAAUCUUAUUGAAAAUUUAGAUUACAAAAGUGAAAAAAAUGUAGAAAAUGUUGAAAAAGAAAAAACAGUUAUCAGAGAGGAAGUAGUUAAUCAGUUUGAUCAAAUGAUUUGUUUUAACAGAAGGUUAUUUGAUGCUGAUGGUCAUUCUAUGUCUGAUAAUAAUGAACCAGCAAAAUCUGUUCAUUCAAGUCAGUCUUCUCUUGUGGUAUCAGCUGCAUCAUUACCUGGCUCUCCUAUGUUAAAGCAUUUAGGUAGAUGGAAAAGGGAACCUUCUACAGAGAGCUCUUUGUCAAAAAAGUCAACUGGAAUUUUAUCGGCAGGUGAAGUUAUUUUAGUUCAGUUAGAAAAGAAGGAAUCUGGUUUAGGGCUUACAUUAGGAAGUGAAAACAUUGAUGGUGAGUCAGCAAUUUUUAUAAAGAAGAUAGUUGAAGGAAGUGUUGCAGAGGAAUGCGGAAAGUUGCUUGUUGGAGAUAGACUGUUAUGCGUAAAUGGAAGAAAUGUUGAACACGCAAACCAAAAAGAAGUGGUUUCUAUUUUUCGUUCAUUGACUGGAACUGUUACUUUAGAGUGUUUUAGACCACCCAAAAGUUUAUUGAAUCUUAAAUCUAGUGUACCUAAAUUAAAUUUAUCUGCAACUAGCUCCUCAACAUCGUCUGCAACUAGUUCUUCAACAUCAUCUGACACUAACAGACAAGUAAAUGAUCUUGAAAAAUUUGGGAAAUCAAGUGAGGGAAAUGUAAACUGUUUAUCAAAAAAUUUCUCACUUGAAUUUGCUAAAGAUGUUUCUACUAUGGAAUCUAAAGAGUUGACAUUUAACAGCUCUCUGCAGUUACUUGAUUCAUAUGAGGAAACCCAUAACCAAUUAAAUUUAAAUAAAAAAAUUAAUAUUAGCUGUAUUCUAGAGCCAAAUUCAAAAAAAUUAGAAAAAAAAAGUCUAUCAGAUAACACAAACUUUGAAUUCAACUUUAAGACAUUCCAGGAAAACAAUGUAUUUGAAGAAACAUCUUCAAAUCAGUCAAAUAUAAUCUCAAAACAAACUCAUGAGUUUAAAAAUCUUCCAGUUGAAGUAGGAUGGGAAGACAAAGAUGAUGUUUGUCUCAUCACUGGAAUGGAUAAAGAAGGUGUGAUUAAACCAUCAUGCAGUUCUUCUGAAUCCUACAAUUUUGAGACAGAAGAUUAUAAGAACCCUUUUUCAAUUCAUCAAACAAGUGGGAUACCAUUAUUUAAACAGAAAUCUCAAAGCUCUUUAAACAGCUCCCAUCAUGUUGUUGCUAUGAUUGAAAAAAAAAAAGAAGUAUAUAAUAGUCAUGACUUUUACAUUGAGCGCAAGUUGUUUAAUUAUUACACUAAAGAAAGGUUGAAAAAAAUGAUCAAUGCUAUGGAAAACAAAAUUGAUUCUAUUGAUGUGGAGUUCUCGAACUUGCGACAAAUAAAAUCAAGUGGAACUUGUACAAUUGGAAACCGUGCUAGUAAUAGAGUGAAAAAUAGAAUAAAGAAUAUUAUUCCAUAUGAUCACAAUCGUGUUGAACUUCAUGGAAGUGAAGAAUCAGACUACAUAAAUGCAUCACACAUCAAGUUGGCUAUUGGAGAAGAUAUCAUGCGUUAUAUUAUUACCCAGGCUCCUUUAGAACACACAGUAAAUGAUUUUUGGAGAUGUAUUUGGGAAAAUAAAAUUGAAUUAAUUGUUAUGCUUAAUAAUGAGUUUACUUCUGAAAAUAUCAAAUUUCCAUGUUAUUGGCCUGAGUCAGCAAAUUUACCAAUGAGGAUUCUUGAAAAGUUUGAAAUAAUAUUGUUGCACGAAGAGGAUUACGGGGUUUACAAGUAUAGACAGAUACAGUUUAAGAAUAUCAAAAUGGAUAAGUCUCUUUUUGUCACACAAGCUGCUUUUUCUCAGUGGCGUGAAAAUAGUAUACCAGAGAAAAUGACGGAUUAUUUAGGGUUUAUGAAGUUUAUUCAAACAUAUCGCAACUCUUCUGUAACUCUAGUUCAUUGCAGUACUGGAACAGGACGUAGCGCCACGUUUGUUAUUAUGGAUUGUGUUUGGAAUGCUUUAGAGCGUGAUGUAAAGUUCGAUGUAUCACAUAUAGCCAAAAGUUUAAAAGAACAGCGUCAGUUUGUUCUUCAAAAUAAAGAGGAUUACAUGUUCUGCAUCAAGGUCACUCAUCACUUACUUCUUGACUCGAUCCAUCAUUAUGAUUGAUCAAACUUUUAUCGUUGAUCAAGUUUCAUAUUCAAAUAAAAUUUUAAUAAGUUUAAUAUAUUUUAAAUAAUUUAAAAUUUUUUUACA